ACGAUCAGCGAAGCCAACAACCAACUCGCUGUGUUGCAGACGAAAGUCAAUGGUACGUCCGUACCGGAUGCGCCCAUUAUAUACGCAUGCUUGACUUAGAGCACGCCCCGCCUGGUGCUUCUCAGACCUGACACAGGAGGUCAAAGGGGAGAAGAGAGUGUCAUACGAACUGAGGGAGAAGCUUCGCUCCGCGAGCAAAGACUAUGAACGCUUGAAAGUAUGUGGCUAAUCGGCAGACUUACUGUAUGCUGGUGACCGAAGGCUCAACUUGUGCUCUUAGGCUCAGCUCGAUCGUAACAUGCGCCAGUCUCUCAUUCCCGGCCGUACACCGGGUGCUAUGCUCUCUGAAGCAGCUGCUAAUGUCAUUCAGCAACCAAAACCCGUGCACGCAACCCCUGCUCGCUUCUAUCCUUCUCAAACGCAAAUGGCCCGCAAUCGCACAUCACCGGUCGCUCAAGGCGGAGGCGGAAGCACUGCCAAUUCUGGAGCCGCUAAUGGCUCGACGGUUGGAGGCCUUGCACAUGCACCGGCGAGCAUCUGGCAAGCGCAAGCUCAAGCUCAGACGUUCUCUGCCGACGGCAUUCAUUUUGCGGGACCGAACACGUUUACGAGAAGCAACAGUUGUCGCAGGAGCACCCCUCGCUCGGCAUCUGGCGAUCAUCACGCAGGCGCAGGAGAUGUUAUCAUGCACGGACGCUUCGACAAUCGCAGGACUGCUGUUCCGGUCAAACGCACGCCCUCGCGCACACCAUCUCGCAACACUUCCCACUCCAACUCCGACGUGCUUCAAAGUUCGCGUGCAAGCAAUGGUCCUCUGGUCACGCCCAAGACCACGAGGACAACCAAGCCGAGCCUAAAUGAAUUCUUCCAUUUGGACCGUUGAACGUGUCAUCAGUUCAACUUCAGCAGUGUAGCGGAAUAUUGCUAA